GUGCAUCCGAAUGACUACUCAAAAGACGAUUAACCGAACGUCGUCGUCUUAGGGAGGAGGCUGGUGCAACGACGUCGGGUCAUGCCUCUACGCCAUUAAGGGUCAUCGUGGUUCCUCAAAUUACAUGGAGAAGCUAUAUUUUGAUGGGAUAUUAAGCGACAAGCCGGAACAAAACCCUGACUUCUACAACUGGAACAGAGUUGAAGUUCGCUAUUGCGAUGGUGCAUCAUUCGCUGGCGAGGGUUUCGAUGGGGAACACAACCUUUAUUUCCGAGGUCAACGGAUCUGGUCAGCUGUCAUGGAAGACCUCAUGUCAAAAGGAAUGCGUUCCGCCAAACAGGCCCUGCUUUCUGGUUGCUCUGCUGGGGGUUUGGCAUCCAUACUACACUGCGACGAGUUCCGAGCAUUGUUUCCACAAACCACCAAAGUCAAGUGCCUAUCUGAUGCUGGAUUCUUCGUUGAUCUUGUCGACAUAAGUGGUGGUCAUGCCGUACGAUCCUUCUACGAUGGAGUAGUCACUCUGCAGGGAGUGGCCCAGAACUUGCCCAAGUAUUGUACUUCCCGGAUGAAUGCAACCUCGUGCUUCUUCCCACAGUACAUAGUGGCUAAUAUCACAACUCCGACUUUUCUUUUGAAUGCAGCGUAUGAUACAUAUCAGAUUCAACAAGCCUUAGCUCCUAUCAGCGUUGAUCCUAAAGAGACUUGGAAAGCGUGCAAGUUCAACCAUUCGGCAUGCGAUUCGAACCAAAUGCAAAUUUUGCAAGGAUUCAGGAAUACAAUGCUUAAUGCUUUACAAGGAUUUGCUGCACUUGACAAAAAUGGGCACUUUAUUAAUUCAUGUUUCACCCAUGGUCAAAUAUACGAUCCAAAUAAAUGGUACAGUGACAAUUCUCCCACCAUCGGAAAUAAGAGAAUCGCAACAUCAGUUGGCGACUGGUACUUUGAUCGAUCCCAAGUAAAGGCGAUCGACUGUGCUUACCCUUGCGACAACACUUGCCACCAUGACCUGUAACACAAGGCGAAUGAGGAGUCAGAAACACUAAUCGUUUGAUUAGUUCUCCCAUACAAAAUCUUAGAACAACAAAGCAGCAAACAGAUGUCACUCCUUUCUUCAGUCAUAGUAACAACAGGAAAUUGACUCCUGAGUUCUUAUUUCUGUUGUAGUAUGUUCACAGAGAUUUACUGUACCUACUGGUUAUUGUUGUCGUGCAAAC